CUUCAUUGAGUUUGCGGAACACUCUCUGCCAAUGCGCACUACCACCACUAUCCCAUAACUACCUUCACUGGAAAUCCGUUCUGUCAUCACAGCGACGCGCAACGAAAAGAUAGCAAACAUGUCAGACAAGAAACAGACUGUGGAUUUGGGAUUAUUAGAGGAGGACGAUGAGUUUGAAGAAUUCCCAGCCGAGGAUUGGACGGGUCUGGAUGAGGAUGAAGAUGCCCACGUGUGGGAAGACAACUGGGAUGAUGACAACGUAGAGGAUGACUUCUCUAAUCAACUCCGAGCGGAGCUGGAGAAACAUGGUUCCAAGAUGGAGACGUCGUAGUAGCUACCUAGUGGACACAGCUGCUGGGAUUAGAUAUGGAUGGACUUUGAUGUUCUGAAUGUUAAAACUUCACACUUACGAUGGAGGAUGUUUAGAACUAAACUCGCUCCUUUUUUUCCAAAAAACCUUGACUUGAGUAAAGUGUUUGAAAAUGUCCCCGUUUGGAUGUUUUCAUUGUUCUAAUGAUCUGUAUUGAUUCAGAUAAUGUAAGAGUUAUCUAAACAUUAAAGGUGGUUCAGUUCACGUA